UUUUAAUCGCUUCUUUCAGUUUAACAAGCAUUCUAUUACAACUAUUUAAUUAAUAUUCACAAUCUAUGUUUACGUAGAAACCGAAAAGAUAUUAAUCGAACAAAAAUGUAAUAAUUUGAUAGUGAAACGCAUGACAGAUGUAGGAACAUGUGUUUCCGAAAGGCGUGAAACGUGUGUUCUAUCAUGAUUACUAUACCAAGUAUCUAAGUAUUACGAUAUAUGUAUCUAUAUAUAUACACACACACACACACAUACAUAUAUACAUAUACACACGAUCGAUUUAUAUUCGGUUUGUCAUUGGAUCUACCGUCCAAAGUGAAACUCCACGCUUAUUUCUCGUAUUACAAACGGUGGCGAGUACAGUGCUUUAGGUAAUCAUCGUAUAAUAGCAAAGGAAUAAUAAAUUCCAGAGACUACGACAAAGAAGAGGAGUAGUGAGGGAGGUUGGAGGAAGAACAGUGUAGUAGGGUGAACCUUCGAAUUUUAUUCAUAAAUAAGUGCGAGAGAGAAAGACAGACAGAGAGAGAAAGACAGAAAGAGAGAGAGAGAGAGAGAGAAAGAGAAGCGUAGAAGCGGAAAAACGCCUGCGGCUUUUGCUAGGGGACCAAUAUGGGCACCUUAAACCAACUCGAAGGCACCCUCGUAUAAAAACCACCCUCUGCCGUAUCUAACCAACCUCGUUCCCCUCCCAACCCCUCGAUCUUCUCAGUUCUCCUCCUCUCCUCCCCUCCUCUUCACUUUCCUUCUCUUCAAUGAUGAUGUUUAUUAUUCACUUAGGAUGCUCACGUUCUCUCUAUUUAUCCCCCGCAGAGGCAGAUCAAGAAUCGUGUUACCCUUUCUAAUGGUCCGACGAUUAAAUACUUUAAUAUUUUUAUCCCUUUUUUUUUUUUCUUCGUCUUCGUCUUCGUCUUCGUCUUUGUUAAAUGAUAAAAGAAGGUAGGAUAUAAAAUUAUAUAUAUGUAUAUAUAUAUAUAUUAUUAUUUAUGAAAUAUAAUAUAAUAUAAUAUUAUUCAAAGUUUUGUGCAUUAAAAGUUUGUCGAAUAAUAAUUAUUACGAAUUGUAUAAUACUCACAGAUUAUAUCGCGAUUCUUUUCGUAUCAGUCAAAAUUGUUGACCGAGCAUAAAAACAUUUUAUUUUUCCUCUUAUAAUUAUUUUAUAUCCUAUCUUCUUUUAUUAUUUAACAAAGACGAAGACGAAGACGAAGAAAAAAAAAAGGAUAAAAAUAUUAUCAUCUUUGUCUUCGUUGUCUUCUUUUUCUUUUUCUUUUUCUUUCUUUUUUUUUCAAUUUAUCUUUAUCAUCAUUAUUGUUGUUGUUGUUGUUAUUAUUUCUUUUUUGCUUUGAUUAUUUUUAUUACAACUGAAAGCAGAUCCUCGCAACUGUACUCUAAUCGAAAUUACAUUUUUAUUCUAUUCUGAUUUUAUUUAUUUAUUUAUUUAUUUCUUUUUUCGUUUGAUUUUUUUGCUUUACUUUUUUUCUUUGAUUCCAAUCGUCCGUGAUAUUUUAAUAUUUAUUUUAUUUUUAGAAUCGUUCGCUUUCUUUGCUUUCUUUAGUGGUAUCUUUUUUGUUCGUUAAAAAAUGUUUACUCCGGCUCGAUUUAAUCGCGUUUUUAGUUCAUCGUUAGUGAUUAGGUCAAACGUCGUUUCUUUCUUUUCUCUCUUUUUCUAGCUUCGACAACAUUUUGAUUACUUUCUGCUUUUUAUUUAUUAAUUUUUUUUUUUUUUUGAUAACGUUACAUAAUAAUUAUGACUAUAAUUUCGAGACACGAUAUAUCGAAUUGUAUGAAUGUCUAUAACAAAAUCUAAUCACGUUGGAUAUUAGUGCGAGAUAUCGAGAAGUGAGACGUAUCGAGGUUAUAUAUCAAAUUGAUUUUAACAAUAAUUAAGAUAAUCAAUUGUAUCAAUAAUACAGAUAUAUAAAGAUCAUGCACGAUUUCUCGUGUCUUGUUGAAGAAGUUAAAAUCGAAACGUUUUUUAGCAUAAACGAAAAGGAUAGGAAAAGAUGGAAUAUACGCGAGAACCGUGUCCUUGGAGAGUAAUCGACGAUUGUGGGGGUGCAUUUGCAAUGGGCUUGAUAGGAGGCUCACUUUUUCAAAGCUUUAUCGGUUUCCGUAACGCUCCGUCAGGCUUUCGAAGACGACUUUAUGGUGGUUUGAGUGCAAUAAAGACACGAGGACCUCAAGUGGCCGGUAACUUCGCAGUAUGGGGUGGCCUAUUCUCAGCGUUCGAGUGUACCCUGAUUGGUUGUCGUUCGAAGGAAGACCCAUGGAACUCGAUAAUGAGUGGUGCAUUGACUGGCGGCGUUUUAGCUGCCAGAACUGGGAUACCAUCGAUGUUGGGUAGCGCAACAUUCGGUGGCUUUUUAUUGGCACUGAUAGAGGGUGUCGGUAUCAUGGUGACCCGUCUUCAAGCGGAUUUCUUCGCACAGCAUAAUACCGUAUACGAAUUGGAACAAGUACCGAGCGGCAAGAGAUUCGUUUACACGGGAAAUGUAUCCAACGUUGAAAGACAAUCGAAUAAUGUACCGACCAGUUUAGAACUCGAACGAAUCGCCAAAGUUUGAACGCGAAACCAGAUUGAAGAUGUUUGAUUUGUGGCGUUAUGUUUAUCCGCAAGUGUCAUCGUGUUUUAUUUUACUUUGUUAUUUUUGUUCGUUACACUUGCAUUUUCUACUUCUUUGUUUCUCCUUUUGUUCUUUUCUUUCUUUCUUUUCUUUUUCUCCUUUUUUUCUUUUUUUUUUUCUUUUUAUUUUCUAAUCGACGAUUCGUAACCGAUAUAUCUCGAUGAUGAAACGAUACUUGUAGAAAAAGAAAAAAAGAUAUAUAUAUAUAUAUGUAUAUUAAUAAAAAAAGAAGGAGGUUCGGUUGCGGGGGCGGAGGAAAUGAAAGGUGGUAGAAAGGGAUGGUGGGAGAAGAGGGUGAGCGCCCCUUUUUUUUUGCUUGGAAGCAGACGACAACUGUCGAGCUAUUAAACUAAUUGACCGCGCAGUAUGCCGCUGCUACUCGCGUGGCGAACGUCGUGGCUCUAACGUUUACGCAUGCACGAGACUCUCUCUCUCUCUCUCUCUCUAUCUCUAUCUCUAUCUGUAUAUCUAUCUCUGUCUAUCUCUACUAUAUCUAUAUACAUAUAUACAUAUGAGUGUAUAUACGCGUUCAUACACAUAUCAUGUAUAUCUAUGAGAUACAUAUGUAUGGAUAUGCAUAUAUAUGUUUCUAUGUUUGUAUGUAUGUAUGUCUCUCUCUCUCUCUCUCUCUAUUUAUCUCUAUCUCUCUCUCUCUCUC